CUCCAGGGCACUCUUGAAUGCUCACAAUAAGAUACAUGUGGUCAACGUUAUGAUUGUUCAACCAACGUAAACGUCCUAAUCAUUUUCACUAAAGUGAUACCGAAAAAGUGUGAAACUUCGUCGAAAAGGUAUCACAACCGGCUAUCCUUUUCCGAAGACUAUUAUCCGAUGGUAAUGUUCGCGAAACUCGACCUGGUAAAGAAGGACGCGGAGCCCGAGAGGAGAUCAACCAUAGCGAAGUGUCCGGAAGAAGGUGCGAGCGAAGAAGCAGGAAAUAAUUUAACGAUCGGUGCCAUUGAUGAUGAUGGAGAACGAAAGGUGAUAAAACAAGAGGUUGACGCUGACGACGAAGAGGACGAUCUUUCUUUGACGUAUAACUGCAAGUUGUGCGGCGUUUUCUUUGCCAGUCAAACUCUUCUGGAUAAUCACGAGAUCGAGCACAAGGGUAAGCGUAAAAAUACUUGCGCUCAAUGCGGCCGAGUAUUUCGGACUUAUGUGAAUCUACGAAAACACAUGAAGAAGCAUAACGGUCGUAAGGGGACGCGUAAAUCGAGUGGCACCUCGAUUGUUAGCCGAUCUACGUCUUUGAAGAAGGUCAAGAAAGAGAAACCAGAAUUGGAGUUACUAUGCAAGACAUGUAACAAAGUUUUCCGGCACAAGAGCAAUUACCAAAAACACUUGUUACGACAUACCGUAGGUGAUCUUACUUGCAAACACUGCCCGAAAAAGUUCCGCCUCUUUCGUGAUCUUACUAGGCACGAGAAGACUCAUUUCUAUCCGAGUUACAUGUGCAAACAAUGCGACUACGAGACUACAGUGUUAGCCGCUCUCAGCAUUCACAUGUUACGGCACACGGACAAGGCCGAUCUACCGUUUAAGUGUAAUGAAUGUGACAAACAUUUCCGCAAGGCUAUCGAUUUGCAGGAACAUUACAAUAUUCAUUCCGGUGACAAGCCGUUUGUCUGUCAAGUCUGUGGAACGGCUUUCUAUCUGAGAAGACAACUUUCAGCACAUUGCCGUCGAAUGCAUCCAGAAAUGAAAGCCAACAAAGUUACAAGCACUGCUUGUGACAUAUGUGGUCGUGUUCUUGCCACAAAGAGGUCAUUAUUCCGUCACAAGGAGAGUCACAAUCCGACUAAACUCUAUCUCUGCGAUUAUUGUGGCAAAAGUCUUAGUAGUGCUGAACAUUUGAAGAAACAUCGACGAAUUCAUACCGGCGAAAAACCUUACGUAUGUGACAUAUGCGGAAAGGGAUUCACCGAUUCGGAGAAUCUCAGGAUGCACAGGCGCGUUCACACCGGUGAAAAACCAUACAAAUGCGAUCAGUGUCCUAAAGCUUUUUCACAGAGAUCGACUCUAACAAUACAUAGACGUGGCCACACUGGGGAGAGACCUUAUGUCUGUCAGAUUUGUCAUCGUGGUUUCUCCUGUCAAGGUAAUCUCACAGCACACCAGAAGUCUACUUGUGUUUAAAAAUAAACAAAUAAAUAAAUAAAAUAUCUAUACUCGAUCAA